AUGUCCGGUCCGGGUUUCGCUUCCAGAAGGGGUCAACAGUAUGUGAGUGUCCGCGCCUUUGUCUUCCCGUCUUCCAUCACGCCAGACACCGUAGACGAAAGAGCAAGACAGAGCAUCAUGACGACUAACAAGGGCAAAGUCGGCUUUAUUGGCCUGGGUAGCAUGGGCGGACCCAUGGCGCUCAACGUGGCCAAAGCAGGAUUCGAUACGACCGCCUUCGAUCUUCGAGCUGAGGCCGUUCAGUCGUUCGUCACUGCUACCUCCUCUCUCGCGCCUGCGGGCUCCGGAGCAAAGUCGGUGGUCGAAGCAGCUCAAGAUCGAGACUUUCUCGUCCUGAUGGUUGUCAACGAUGCUCAAGCACGAACUAUUCUCCUGACACCGCCCACUCCCGACUCUGCUACGGCGCUCUCGGUGCUCGCACCCAACGCACACGUGAUCCUCAUGGCGACCUGCUCCCCUGGCUCAGUUGCACUUCUUGAACGCGACAUCAAGUCCGCACGAUCCGAUAUCUCUCUCGUCGACGCACCCGUUUCCGGCGGAGUCUCCGGAUCCACCAACGGCACGCUUACGAUCAUGGUCGGCUGUCCCACCUCGUCCUACACCCACUCGCUGCCCGUCCUCCGCGCCAUGGGCGACAAACUCCACCACAUGGGCGAAGAGGUCGGCAAGGGAAACAGCAUGAAAGCCGUCAACCAGGUUCUCUGCGGGAUUCACGUCGCCGCAGCCGCCGAAGCGCUCGCUCUCGCCAAAAAGAUGGGCAUCGACGCCGAAAAGGCGCUCGAGAUCGUCUCGGGCUCGGCGGCGAGCUCGUGGAUGCUCAAGGAUCGAGGUCCGAGGAUGCUGCAGGGGGAGCCCGAGAUUCACAGCAUGACGCAGAUCUUUGUCAAGGAUCUGGGCAUCGUGGGUGAGGCGGGGAGAGAGGUGGGCGCAGCAUUGCCACUGAGUGUCGCGGCUCAUCAGAUGUUCGUGGCGGGUGUGGGGAGAGGCCAGAAGCUGAUGGAUGAUAGUACGGUGAUCAGGUGCUAUGAUGCGCUGAACGGGACCAAGUAG